UUUAGUAAAAGCAAAAACAAGAAAAAUGGAGGCUGUGCCUCGGAUGCCGAUGCUGUCUUUUGAACUUAAACAGUGUCCAGAAUAUGUUGAUUUUGGUCCAGUCUUGAAGCAGUACAUCAAGAACCAUUAUGGAGAAGAUCCUGCUCAUUAUAACAAAGCUUGUAGUGAUCUAGAACAGCUGAGACAGAGUGCUGUCCAUGUGUCACAUGAUUUCAUGGGAUGUAGUACAUUGAAGAAGUACUAUGCCCAGUUACAAUUCUUACAAGGGAGGUUCCCCAUGGGGGAGGAAGGAGAAUGUGGGAUCAAUUUUACCUGGGAGGAUGUUUUCCUGGGAAGAGAAGUUACGAUUCCUGAUGUAAAGUUUGAACAGGCCUGUAUUCUAUACAACAUAGGAGCUUUACAUUCUAUACUAGGUAGUAUAGAAACCAGACAGAGUGCAGAUGGGAUGAAGGUAUCCUGUACCCACUUCCAGUGUGCUGCUUGGGCAUUUGAAUAUUUACGUGAUCAUUUUGGAUCGUCUAAUCUUAGCGUAGAUAUGUCACAUGAAGUCUUAACAUUCCAAGUACAUUUAAUGCUGGCUCAAGCACAGGAAUGUAUUUUAGAGAAGUCCAUGAUAGAUAGUAGAAAGAACACAAUCACUGCUAAAGUCUCAGCACAAGUUGUGGAAUUCUACAGAACUGUCAUUAAAUCACUGCAGACAGAAAAUAUGGACGCCAUCUUAGGCUCACGAAAGUAUAAGGACUGGAAGAAGCGAGCAGAACUGAAAAUUUUAUUUUAUGAAGUAAUCACAAAUUAUUACAUGGGGAGGAACUCUGAAGAACAGGAAAAGUUUGGAGAAUGUGUGGCUUACUAUACAUUGUCCUAUGAUAAACUGAAGGAUGCUAUUAAGAUGGCUAAGAGUGAGUCGUCUGAUAUCCAAGAAUCUUUGAGAUUUACAAAUGAUGUUGUGGGUGGCAAGUUCCAGUCUGCAAAGAAAGACAAUGACUAUGUAUAUCAUGAAAAAAUCCCAGCAGGAGACACACUACCAGAGGUUAAAGGUGCAUCUUUAGUAAAAGGUAUACCAUUCAACUGGAAUGAUCCUGAAGUAUCAGGACCAGAUAUAUUCCAGAAACUGGUUCCCAUGUCUGCUCAUGAGGCAUCGUCUAUGUACAGUGAAGAAAAGGCAAAGUUAAUGAGAACAGUUGGAGCAGAAAUAGAGGGGAAAAAUAUGGCUUUAUUGCAGUUCAUGUCCUCUUUGAACCUUGACCCCUCUAAACUGAACUUUGAACCUGAGAGACUACCACAAGAUUUACUUGAGAAGUGUGCUGCUGUUAGUGUUAGACCAAAUGCUAUUAAAGACCUGGUGGACGCAAUGGGAGCUGUAUCUAACACUGCUACAGAUGUUGAGCUGGCCAUACAGGAAAUUAAUGAUUUGAUAGAAAAUGAUGUAAAGGAAGAUGAAGAGUUUCAGAAACAGUUCGGAAAAAGAUCCCAGAACCCAAUGUUACCUGAAAUAAAGAAAGACUCUGACCGGUUCCAGGAAGGUCAUAAAAAAGGGAACCAGUCCAAUGUUGAUUUACAUAAAGCAAUGAAUACACACAUUACCAACCUAAAGCUUCUUGCUGGUCCUUUAGAAGAUAUAAAGAACCACCUGCCAUCACUGGAAAGAGACAGAGAUCCAGAAUCAGAAUCUGUUGUUAAAGAGCUACAAAGAUUACUUGAUAAAGUGGAGGAAAUGAAGAAUCAGAGGGCCAUGCUAGAGGAACAGUUUAGGAAACAGGUCAAAGAAGAUGAUAUAACCAAUCAAAUUGUAGCACAGGAUGGUGGAAGUAAUACUAUGGUAAUGUUCGAAGAACAACUUAAGAAACAUGACAAACAGAUAGGUUACAUCCAUCAGAACUUAGAUGCCCAGGAUAACAUACUGAGAGCUUUGACUGAUGUUAAUGCUAGAUAUGCUACAACAAGGAGAGCCACUGCAGAUACAAUUACCAGGAGAGAAGCCACUAUAGAGGGACUAAAGAAUUCAUAUGAUGUUUAUGAAGAUUUAUUAGCUAAGUCACAGAAAGGUUUGGAAUUCUAUAAGAAGCUUGAAACCAACAUCAACAGGUUGCUAGAACGAUGUAGAGGGAUUUGUAAACAGCAAUCAGAAGAAAGACAACAAGUUAUAGACAGACUCAAACCUAAAGAACCUUCUGUAAGACCAGUAACUCAGAAACCAGCAGAUGCAUCAUCAAUGCUCCAAGGUCCAGGCAGUGCCUUACCAUAUGGUCCUUCUAACUUUUCGAAUAGUCCAGGUGGAGUCAUGCCUGGUAGUCCAUCUGGUCCAAUUGGCCCAAUGCCAGACUUGCAUGCAUCCCUGCCAGGUUUUGAAGGACCUAAAUUAAAGGAUUAUCUCCCUUUUAUGAAACCUAAAACAUUUGGAAAAGGCAGAGUGGCAACUGGAUCCCUGCCUAGUAGUUUAAUUUCAUCACCAGUUCAUCUUCCUCCUGGUCCAGAUAGUUUACCAGCUAGUCCAUUACAUGGCAUGAGUGAUGAAGAUAUUAGAAAACUGGGAAUCACAGACCCAAAAGUUUUAGCUAUGAUAAGAGCUCAUUCAUUACCUCCUGUGACUGGGUCAUCUCAGCAGCCAUCAGGGGUUGGUGGGUACCAGCAGACACCAGGGGCUGGUGGGUACCAACAGCCACAUGGGAAUGGUGGAUACCAGCAGCCUCCAGGGGGCCAAGGUUAUCAGCAUCCAUCAGCAGGGGAAACUGGUCAAGCUGUAAAUUAUCCAUCACCGUCACAAUCUCCAAGUUUACAAGGCGGCAUGACUGGUACAGUGAGAUUUGAUAGAUCUACCAAACCAUCUGGUUACACGCAAAAUCUUGGACCUCAGGGUAUGCCACAAUCACAACAAAGAAUGGUCCAACCAAAUGUGCCACAGUCUGCAGCAGGAUAUAAUAUGGGCCAGCCACAAUCAGGAAUGCCACCAGGUAUGCCACAGAUGCAAGGUGGCUUUGGUCCAAAUGCCAGUUACCCUUUAACUAAUAAUUUACCCCAGAUGCCAGCUAAUACAUCAGUAGGACAUCAGACCCCAGGCUCAAAUCAAUCAUUUUCUAGUCAGGGUGCACCAAGCCAGUCUAACUACCAACAAGCACAAGGGCAAGCAGUUUCCAAUCAGGGAUAUACCAUGGGAAAUAUGGGACAGGUUCAGACAGGUCAACAUGUACCUCAAACAAAUGUGGUGUCUUCAACAGGACAGCAGGACCCAACUAGUGGUGCACCCCCACCAGGAGCACAAUAUGUUCCUUCACGACACCCAGCACAGUCUGGUAUGGCUCCACCAGGGUAUGGAAAUGCAUUGCAGGAUAGAAUGAAUCAGAUACCAUCAUCUGCACAACAAAAUUAUAUGGCACAGACUAGUACAACAACAUACAACCAACCCUCUGUACAGAGGUCAUCACAAGGUGAAGUUCAUUCAACACGUGGGAUUUCACCAAAUCCACAGAAUCUUUCUGAACAGUCAAAGUAUACGCCUCAACAAACAAUGAACUCUCAGCCAAGUCAGAGUCAAGGGCAAAUGUAUCAGCAAGGUCAGAUGGGUGAAGGUCAAAACCAGCAAUCUCAAAACUAUCAAGGUAGUUUCAGUCCUCAAAGUCAAGGUCAGUUACCACAUCAACAGAGUCAACAACAGUGGUUACCAACAGCAGUUCCUGGAACUAAUCAAUAUACCCAAUCUGGACAGCAACCUCCUAUUCAACAAGCCCAGGAUCAAAGAGUUCAACAGCCAAUUGCUAGUCAACCACAAACCCCUGGUCAGCCAUCAGGACAGAGAUUUCAACAGCCAAAUGUUGGUCAACAGCAAACGUUUCAGACACCCCAAAGGUUUCCUCAAGCAAAUAUUAGUCAAGAACAACAGGGACAAAGAUUUCAACAACCAAAUGUGAGUCAACAACAAACUCAAUAUUAUGGCCAGCAACCUGGUAAUCAACAAGGUCAAGGUGGUCCUCAAAGUUCAGUGCAAUAUCCAAGUAAUCAAGGGCAAAAUAUUCGUGUGACCUCUCAGACUCCAUCCCCACAGACACAGGUUCAACAACCAAAUGUAAGUCAACAUCAAAAUCAAUAUUAUGGACAGCAACCAUAUAAUCAACAAGGUCAAGGUGGUCCUCAAAGUUCAGUGCAAUAUCCACCAAAUCAAGGUCAAAAUACUCACUUGACCUCUCAGAAUUCAUCCCAACCAAGGCCGAUUCAACAACCAAAUGUAAGUCAACAGCAACCUCAAUAUUAUGGACAGCAACCUGGUAAUCAACAAGGUCAAGGUGGUCCACAACAUUCAGCACAGUAUCCACAAAAUCAAGGGCAAAAUACUCAAUUAACUUCUCAGACAACGCAUCAACAGUCAAAGAUAUCAUCUUCUCAGCCAUCCCAGUUCUCACAGGAGCAAAGAAAUCCACAACAGUUUGGACAACAACCACCAAACCAACAACAAAGUACACCACAACAGUUUAGACAACAGGCUUUGCAACAACCAUAUAAUGGAUAUGGUGGUCAGCAUCAGAGCAGUCAGCAAACUUCAACAUCUGGUAAUGGGCCUGUACAGAUGAGUCAGGCUGGUCAAGGUCAAAUGUCAUAUAUAUCCAAUCAAUCUAGUCAAGGUUACUCAAAAGGUCAGCCAGUUCAAGGACAACAGACACAACAGCCAUCAUCAGGUCAAGGAUUCGGUAGUCAACAGGGAAAUCAGUUGUCAGGACAACAAGUUCCACAAACUGGACAACAAAUACCAAGACAACCUGGACUACAAUUACAGCAUGGUACACAGCCACAAAUCUCACAGACUUCAUCAACUUUUAUUGGAUUUGGCCAACAGCCCCAGGUCCAACAAUCAAGUUCAUUGCCACAAGGCCCUCAACAAAUGCAGGCAAUUCCACCAGGAAUGCCACAACAGGGUGGAUAUGUACAACAAGUGCAAAAUAUGACUACAAUGGCAAAUACGAUGCCACAAAAUAAAGGAGGCGUUCAGCAACAAGGUCAGUCCAUGCCAACAGUGGCACAGUCUGGUCAACCACCUAUUGGGAGUAGCCAACAACAAGGACAGACACAGGUGCCACAACAACGAUAUCAAUCACCAGUGCCACCGCCUAGUAAUGUACAGCCAUCGGUAUCCAUGACUUCCCAGCACCAUGGUUACCCUACAGUACAGCAACAGACAAAUAAUCAACAGAUACAGAGACCUCUAUCUGGACAGUCACAAAUGUCACAGCCAUUACCUCAGAAAGUUACACCACAGCCUAGUUAUUCAUCAACAGUACAGCAAAUGAACCCACUAUCUCCACCAGAUAUCCUACCACAACCUAUCCUACCAAGCCCAAUGAAACCAGUAACAGAGAUCCAGUCAUCCCUACAUGAAGUUACUAUGGAGUCAAAAACGCCAUCUAUACAAGAUGUCACAGAACUAGAAACUACAUCAAAGAUGGAAUUUCAUACAAGAGCUAGAGAAUCUCCAAUAGUAAAAAGAAAACAGCCUGAAAAGUCACAUUCCAGAUCCAAUUCUAACACCAGCCAAUCAGAAUUCAAGUUGCCUUCAAGGAAACAUUCCUGUUCUUCGAUUGGUUCAUCUCUGGAUGACAUAUUAUCAUCAAGUCCAGUAGACUCCACCCAUGAACCACCUGAUUCAGUUCUAACACCCAAGGUUCUAACAGCACAGGAAAUAGCACAACAGAAAGAGGAUGCUAUUUUGAAAGGAACCCUGGGAAGACAGUUUUCUAAAGAUCCUUAUCCUGAUUCAUCUAAAAUGGACAAGUUUGUUGCAGAGACUGAAAAAUUGGCCAAGUUUGUUGAAAGUUUAGAUAAAGCUACGUGUUCUGGACCCUCACAUUUAGAUAUAGCUUGGAAGGAGGUGAUAGAAGACUAUGAUAUCCAUGGUAAGAAGAACUCAAUGGCGAUUGGUCGAUGUUAUCCAAUGAAAAACAGAGAUCAGGAUGUUUUACCUUAUGAUGUAUCCAGAGUGUUACUGACGUCACAUAAAGAUGAUUAUAUAAACGCUAGCUGGAUAAAUGAUUUAGCAGAAUCAUGUCCCAAAUUUAUAGCCACGCAAGCUCCAUUACACUCAACUAUGUUUGACUUCUGGUUAAUUGUAUAUGAACAAGGGUCAGAGGUUAUUGUUAUGCUGUCUAGUGAAACAGAAAAUAAAGACACAAAGAAAUUUCCUGAAUAUUGGCCACCAGAGAAAGGCAAAUUAACCCACCAUGGUCCUAUCACAUUAACACUACAGAGCUUAAAGGAGACACAACUGUGGACAGAGAGAAUUAUCUACCUUCAACACCAACAAACAAAGACUGGCAGAACUAUAGUACAUCUACAGUAUAAAAACUGGCCUGUCAGUGGGUUUCCAGAGAAGGUCCCUAGUGUGUUACAGUUCAUCAAUGAAGUCCAUAACUUCUACAGACAGCAGAGAAGUUUACAAAAACCUGUCAUGGUUCACUGCAGUAAUGGUAUAGGUAGAACUGGUACCUUUUUAAUGAUUUAUACUGGAAUGCAAGAGAUAGAUCAUGGUAAUGGUAUCAUCAACGUACAAGCAGUUGGUAAAAAGAUGUUACAACAACGUAGAUAUGUCAUCAGAGAGAAAAGUCAACUCAAAUUCUGUUACGGAGCUAUCUUGUACCAUGCACAGGAUAUAUUGGCAAAACAGGGGAUAUUGGUCCAUAAAGCAUCUUUUGGAGACAAGCUUCCUCACCCUGGAGAGAAGUCGUACCAGUGGACACCAGCAGAAGAUGUGAUAUUUGGAGCAUGCAGUAUAAAUGAUCUUAAGAGCAAUGUAGAAAAACUUGGAUUACAUUUAGGAAUAUCAAACAAACAUUCUAGUCCAAAGAAAACUGUUAUUCCCAAACAGGAGCUCUCCAGUGAGGAGGUGGAUAAACAACAGAAACAUUUUUUACCUUCAAAGACAGAAGAUCAUAAAAUGGAAGGAACUCUAAUGAGCAGUUUACCUGAUGUUGUUCAACGAACAGAUGCGGCUAGACAGAGUGGUGAUAAUGACCAAAAGUUGACUGGGUCCCUGUCUGGCUCUAAUGCAUCACUUUUAAGUGUUGGAUCAGAAUCAGAAAAGAUAACAGGUUCACCAAUACAUAAGAUAAGGUCCAGAGAUGGUUCACCGAAGCCAAGUUCUCUACAUGGAUCACAUGAGGGAUCACCGAAAAUGCAGUCAUUGAUGGAUUUACAGAACCCAAGUUCAUUUACACUUGGAGCUGAUGGAGGAAAGAAGAAAAUAACAAAAGCAAGUUUUCUGGAUAAAACUUCAGGUUUAAGUGAUAAUUUGGACAAUGAUGAUCCCUUUAGUUCAAUAGAUCCACUUUGGACGAUGAAAAAAUAAUUAAUAUUUAUAUGUUUUUUAUAUUAUUUUUUGUAGUAUGUGAUACAGUAUCAAUAUAUUUCUUUCAUUUCUUGAGGCUUUUGCAAUAAAGUACACUUUACAUUAUGUUAGGAUCAUCAAAUUGCAAUCGACUGCCUGUCUACUUCUCUCAUUUUUGAUUUUAUGCACAAAAUGUCCUAUUUGAACUCUUUUUCAGGUUAUAAGUGUUUGAAUAUUGAUAUGAUUUUAACUGAGUGUAAAACUAUGUAUGUUUUAGGUGAACCAAAUUAAUGUUCACCAAAGUAGGAAUUUACUAAAGGCUUGCAUGUGGACUUAAAGUAACAUUUGAAAUAUGACAGAUAUCUUUUUGCUUGUGUGCAAUUGUUGUAUUUUUCUGAUCAAAUGUUUAGACUUUAUCAUAUUUUGUGAUAAGAAUAUUGUGCUUUGGAGAUGUAUUUUUGGGCUUUAAUUGUUAUUAUGAAGUUUGUUUUUAAGAAGGCAUAAUAUUUAUAAGAUGAAUAUCAUGCAUUAUAUUAAGAAUGUAGAAAAGAAUGCACAUAGAUAUAGGAAGAUGUGGUGUGAGUGCCAAUGAGACAACUCUCCAUCCAAAGAACAAUUUAAAAAGUAAACCAUUAUAGGUUAAAGUACGCCCUUCAACACGGAGCCUUGGCUCACACCGAACAACAAGCUAUAAAGGGCCCCAAAAUUACUAGUGUAAAACCAUUCAAACGGGAAAAGCAACGGUCUAAUCAGAGUUUAGUCAGAGUUUGCAAAGGUUUCUGGACAGUCUUUGCACAUUUAUGGACCGUUUUUUUAAUUAUUUUUUACUAGUUUUGAAUAAAAUUUCACAGGACAUUUUUUUGUGGGACAUUCAGUUGAAGUAAGAACAUGCAUGUAACUGUACCAACAAGCUUAUAUUUUUGAUAGAUAUCUUGCAAGUUUAUAAAGAUAACAGAUAACUUUAUUUUGAUAAACAAUCUUUAUAAGGAAUAUUCAAGAAACAAGGCAACAAUUAUUAUGCCUGAACAUCUUAUUCUUGCUUAAACUUUAAUUUGCAUCAAACCAGGUCUUAUCUAAUUUGUCCCCCUAAUUUAAGGUUGCAGGGCCCUUGAAAUGUAUGACGGAAUAAUAUUCAAUAGACUUUUAUGAUUGUAAUAAAAGUAAUUAGAUUUUUAUUCUCAUUGACAAUAUACAUAAUUCAAUGUUUGGCAAAAUUAUUUAUUGAUGGCAAAUGUACUGUAACUUUAAACACUUUUGCAUGUAUUUAAAUUUUAUUGUAAUGCAUUUUUUUAACAAUGGAACAAAAUGUGGGAUGAUUUUUUGGGAUGUAAAGAAAUGAAGCAUAUAGACAUAUUAUUCUGUGAACAGGGAAGGGGGAGGGGAUUCUCAGUAUGAAAAGUAAAGAAUUGAUGGGCCACUUAUUUAAACUAGCAAAGUACACAUUGAUGAUUUUUAGUUGAAAGCAUAUAUACAUAAUCAGAGGGCAUUAUACUGUGAAUUAUAUGAUCUGUUGUUUUUUUGUCAUUAAUUAUUUGUAUUUAUCGGACCACAGAUGAUUAUAACGUUGUGAUUGGUUGAAUGUCGUCACAUGAUUACCCCUUAUGAGACCGUAUGGGGUUAGUAAGUUUCAUAUGGGGUUCAUGACCCGUUAUAAUUAUUUGUAUAUAAAGUCCAUCAGAAUAAACAACAGUCCAGUGAAUAAGGUGCGUUUCAAUGUUACAGUUACUCUGAGUUUGAUUCUAUUGAUUGAAUUAUCAUUCACCAAAAAUAAAAAAAUUGUUUUGAUUUUUAUUGGAUAUAUGGUUGAGCUGUUAACUUACCAAACUACUGGUAUAAUCAGAUAUUAUUGCACACAUUUAUUAUUGCGAUUUUGUCAUUUUAGGCUGAAAUACGUUUAUUAUUUUUCCGAUAUUGCGAAAAUAUUGUUUAUAUAUAUAAAAAAAAAAAUUAGAAUUCAAAUAAUGGCUAUUAUAAUCCUGUUGCAUUUUUUUGCAAUAAUAAAAACAUCGCAAUGAUUUCUAAAUUUACAGUACAUGUAUAUGACACUUGAAAUUUAGAAAGAAAUGUUGGGUGGAAUGAGGGGAAUCACACUAUGUUUUAACAACAUUUCUAUCGUCUAAAUUUGACAUUUUAUUUUUAAAAUGCUAAAUUAUAAUGUAUUUAUUAAAAUCAGUAAACCACAUUAAUAUGAGCCAGUGGACCAAUUUACUAAAUUGUGGGGUUUUGCACCUAAUAUUUGAAAACAUCCAUAUUUUUUUUGUUUUAUUUUGUGGCCGGUUUGGCCCAGCUGUGGAACGUUAGUAAAUUUCCAUGUGUAAUUGUUAAUCUGUUUUGGUAAUAUUCUUUUUAACUUUAUAAAACAUAUCAUUUCGGGCGUAUCAGUUAGGACAAUAUUGGUUUAUAUAAUACGAUAAAAAUCAUGUAAUUGAAUUUAGAACCUGGAAAAUUUAAAUUAAGAAAAGAGAUUGCUGUAUAAAAAAACAAUUCUUAGAGUAAUCAAUUAUCUGUAUACAUGUAUUUAAAUACAAAAUAUUAUUUAUUCUUUUUAUUGCACAGGGAUGAAGACAUAAUUAUAAUAAAUAUAUGCAUUUCAUGAACGCACACAGAAAAUUAAACUAUUUGUAACCACUCAUUAAAAAAACUUUUUUUAUGGUGGAUAAAAAACAUCUCAUUUCAAUGUUUGGUGGAUUAUGUAAUUUCACCCUUACAUGCUACUGUCCCCUCAAAAAUUAUGUAGGUAUUCUGAGAAAAAAAUAUUCAAUUAGAAAAAAAUCUUUUUUGUCUAAGUCAAUUUAUCAAUUUAUGAUGCAAGAUCAUGAAGAUAGAAAAUGAUAUGUCCCUCCAAUAGAUUAGGCACUAGCAUGAAUAGACCCCACUCAAGCUAUAUAGUAUAUCAUGUAAUACAUUAAGUGCUUUAAAUUUUUAUAUGGUGUAUUGUGUGACAGAGUAAAAAAGUGAGACAUAGGUAUUCUGUUUAUAGCGACGACUGCAUCAACUUUAUGUUAGUUUGAGUUUAUAUGAGUUCAAAAUAAAUAAUAUUUGAUAUGCAGGCGCCUUACCACUGGCACACCACAUUUCCAUGGAGAUUAUUUGGUCCUAUACCUUUAGUCAUUGACUCCAUAUUUCGCAUAACUUAAUGUUAAUCAAGUAUUGAUUUUUUUGCAAUAUUUGCAUUUUACUAUCAAAAUAACAAAAAGGUGAGACAUAUCUCUGUGUUAAUAGUUUAUAUAAUUUUAUAUUUGCAAAUCUGUUUUCCCAUUUAACACUGCAAAUGUACUUAUUUACAAAUUUAUAAAUAAAUAUCAGCAGCCUUUAUUGUGAUAGUGUUGUGUAUAAUUGUUAUCAUUGUUUAGCUUCACAACGCUAUAUAUGUAUAUUAUGUUAAUAUGAAGACAAAUUAUUUAUUGUUAAUUGUGAAAUAUAUAAAUUACAAACUGA